AUGUCUUCCCAUUGGUGUUUCCGGUGCAACAAAUUCGUCAGAGUAUGGAGACAAGAAAUGCCUAUGUGUCCCGAUUGUGACAGUGGAUUCGUUGAAGAGAUUGACCCUUCCCACCGCUCCAUUCACGUCGAAACACGCCGCCGUAGAUUCCCUAGGGCGGCGGCCAUGUACAUGAUCGGCCACCGUUCCGGUAACCCAGACCACAUUCCCCAUUCCUCUCGUCAUCAUCAUUGCAGACCAGUCACAGGAGAUCGGUCACCGCUCAACCCGGUCAUCAUGCUCCGCGGCGAGGGAUCAAGUAGCCACCGUGGCUCCAGUUUUGACCUUUUCUACGACGAUGGCGCCGGUACCGGUCUCCGACCACUCCCUCCGAGGAUGUCGGAGUUUCUCCUCGGAACAGGCUUCGACCGUGUGAUGGACCAACUUUCCCACGUUGAGUCUAACUCAGGGUCUGGGAGGCACGACCAGAACCACGCACCGGCGUCGAAAGCCUCCGUGGAGGCCUUGCCUACAAUUGAGAUAAACGCGUCUCAUAUGGCGACCGAGUCACACUGUGCGGUUUGCAAGGAGCCUUUUGAGCUUUGCACCAAGGCGAAAGAAAUGCCAUGCAAACACAUAUACCAUUCAGAAUGCAUCUUGCCGUGGCUAGCGAUUCGGAAUUCCUGCCCCGUGUGCCGGCACGAGUUGCCUGUUGAGAACGAAAGUGCGGGGUUGGAGCGUGUCGAGGAGGAGGGAGCGAACAACGUGGGGUUGACGAUUUGGCGGUUACCGGGUGGAGGGUUUGCGGUGGGAAGGUUGGGGAGAAGAGAGGGUGAGAGAGAUGUUAACGUUCCUCUUGUGUACACGGAAGUGGAUGGUGGGUUCAACUUUAACAACGUUGUUAUGGGUGAACCGAGGAGGAUUUCUUGGUCCGUUUCAGAGUCUCGAGGGAGGAGAAGAGGUGGCACGUUUAGGAGAAUGUUUGACAGUUUGUUUAGUUGCAUGAGAGGUGGUGGGGUUGGGCCUGGACGUUCUUCUGGUUCUGGUUCUUCGAGAACCGUGACGAGUACUAGUGUUAGGGCUUCACGUCCUAACAUAGGUCCUUCUGCAUCUACUCGAAGGACUUGGUCAAUGGAUGUCAACGGUGGAACAAGACCAUGGUAA